GAGUUUACAGAGCGCAAUUGCGAUCGGACUUUGAAGCACGUACCCGCGCAGCCAGGUUCCCGAACGUUUUUUUAACUUCCCAGAGCCACGGAAUUUGUCAGUUGGCCGUGGACAGAGCCGCCAGUCCGACGUCUUUUCGCUUCGUUUGGGGUAUCUGCAUCCUGGCGGGUACAUUAAGGACAUCAUGGACAAUCCCGCCUAUGUGAUAGACUGUGAACGCGAGUUCGACACUGCUGAAGGCCGUGAGGAGAAUCUUACGGAGAAGCCCCGAACACACAGCUUCGAGGAGGCCAUCACGCUGACCGGAGUGGGCCGCUUCCACUACCAGCUGCUGCUCAUCUGCGGCCUCUGCUUCAUGGCCGUGAUGGUGGAGAUCAUGGGCGUCAGUCUGAUCAUGAACCAGAUGAAGUGCGACCUCCAGCCGACGCUGGACCAGCAGGGCAUCCUGGCGUCGGCCGGAUUCCUGGGCGUUGUCCUGAGCUCCCAUGCCAUGGGCUUUCUGGCGGACACAUGGGGUCGGGCGACCACAUUGAAGUAUGCCCUCUUCCUCAGCUCUGUGUGCUCGAUCGUGUCCGGCUUUUCGGUGAACAUCUGGAUGCUGAUCGUGCUCCGAUUCCUGACGGGGUUCUUCAUUUCCGGUGGCCAGGCGUGCGUCUUCAGUUUGUGCGGCGAGUUCCAUGGCAGUGGCUCGAGGGUCAGACAUGUGACCCUGCUCUCCGGAUUCCUCUGCAUGGCCAUGAUCUUUGCUCCAGCCAUGGCAAUUGGAAUUCUCCCUCUGCGCAUUGAGUCCAUUGUAUUUGGCAUGCGCUUCUCGUCCUGGCGUGUUCUGCUUCUGGCCAACGUCUCUGUUUCCCUGCUGGCCCUCGUGGGGAUCAGCAUUCUCCCCGAGACGCCGAAGUAUCUGCUGGUCCAGGGUCGCGGUGAACAGUCGCUGGAAAUCCUGCGCACCAUCUUUGCCAAGAAUUCAGGGAGGGAUCCCUCCGAAUAUCCGGUCAAGGAAGUGGCUUUGGAGAGCGGUGGCGCCAGUCUGUCCGAUGUCCAUGGCGUUCUGGACGCAGUGCGACUCGUAUGGCACCAGACAGUGCCACUCUUUCACCGUUCCCGGCUGUGGCACACCCUGAACAUCUGCACCAUUCAGUUCCUCAUCUAUUUCCUGGCCCAGGGCAUCUUCAUGUGGUUCCCCACCAUCCUCGAUGAGCUGGGCACACGAAAUGGCGAGGACACAUUGCUCUGCCAUGUCCUGCAGAACUUCACCGUGGGUUCGGGAUCGGAAUCGGAAUCGGAAUCGGUGGAUGAGGUUGCGAGCUGCGCCGUCGACGUGGACACCUCCACCUACCAGGUGAUGAUCAUAAUCGGUGCCUGCUUUGUGGUGAUCUAUUUGAUAUUUGCCUACAUCAUCGACUAUAUUGGCAAAAAGAAUCUGCUGAUGUCCUGGAUGCUGCUGACCAUGAUUUGCCUGGUGGGGCUGCACUAUGUGGAGCAGUUUGCACUGGUGGUGAUCGCCCUCACCGUGGUGAUGGCCAUCGGCAAUUGCGGCGGUCUGGUUAGCACCAUUGCCAUGGAGUUCUACCCGACGCACAUCAAUGCCAUGGGCAUGUGCUUCAUCAUGAUGGUGGGUCGAUUGGGCGCCGUGGUGGGCAGCAAUAUCCUCGGGCGCCUUCUCUUCGCCAGCUGCGAUCCGAUCUUCUGGGCCCUGCUGGCCCUGGUGGUGCUCCUCUGCUCCCUGGGCUACUUCCUGCCAGAGAAAUCAUCUGCGAGGCAGACGAAGCCCUCGGCCACAGCAAAGGCGAUCGUGGUGGCCACCACGAGUCCCAUAUUCGCCAUCAAUUCCAAGUAGGAAUAGGCUAGAGACGAGGCUAAAUGUAGACGCAUCUUUGCGUAGCGGUAUUUCAACAAUUGAUGCAUUUAGAUAUUAAAAAGCACUUUAUUUUAAUACAGCCAUAUAUUUAUUAUAAAAAGUUUAUGCAUUAUGUUUGCAUUAUUUUGGCUUAUCAGGGUUUGUUUUUUAGUGAAAUGUUUACGAAUUAUUUAUCAAAUAGUAAUAGGGUACACAAUGUUUUUUUUAAUAUUUUUUUUUAUCCAUUCAUGGACAGUAGGACUUUAAGUUAUGAGAAACUUGCAUCCUCAAUAAUUCCA